UCGAUCUGCAAUGAGACCACCCCGCUCUUCAUCUGUGAAAAUUUACAUAAGUGGGAACUGGGAAGUGGUCGGUUCUCUCCACCCAAUCCGGUUACGCCUGACGGAUUACCCUUUUGUAUUUGUACACAAGGAAAAAACUGUAGUCAAUUCUGUAAAAGUUUUGGAUGUGAAAAGCCAUCUGGGGGAUCAACUGGGCGCUUGACCGCAAGCAAAAAGCGGCAGCACUUUUCGGCGAAAGGCCGUAAAAUCACUCAACCAGCGAGCGCCAUAAAUUGUCGAAUGGCCCGUAGAAUUUGGUCUACAAAGAUCUCGAAACACUCACCUCCUCACAGUUCGAUUCUUGACGGCGUACGGAGUGCGUGUGUGCAGUGGCAAGUGGCAGUGGCAAGUAGCAAGUGGCAUCCAAAGGAUACGCAACAAAAGACCAAUCCAAGAUGUGGCAGCGACAGGUGUUGGUGUUCGGCAUUUGCGGGCUCAUAACAAUGAAGGUGGCAAGGAGCAGCCCCAGUCUCCGCUUUAAUGGCGCCACUUCCGCCGGCAGCCAAAAUCCGCCGUUGAAGCUGGAGAUGAAUGCAUGGCAGCCAUUCACGCAGCACAACAAUUGGCUCAUCCUCCAGGCAACAGCGCCCAGUUCAAUGCCGCCGGCGCGCGAGGAGAUCCGGGAAAGGCGAAAGGAGCCGGAGCCGGAGCCGGAGCUGGAACGACUUCCUGUCGAUUUCUACGCCUACAACCAUCGCUAUAACGAAAGCUCCCGACCGGCUGGCGGAAAUUACAAACAGGUUCCUCCCAGCGAUCCAGCCAGCUAUGUUUUGGCCAUCAGCCAGCAGAUGCGACGGGGCCAACUCCUACGACAGCUUCCAAAUGCGGAGGAAGUCGAGCCGGAAGUUCGCGAGGUAACCCACCCGGCUAAUGCUGUUAAUAAUGGUGAUGAGGAUGAUGAUGAAAACGAAAUCCUUCCCAUGGAAGUCGGAGCUGGAGAACAGGCGUCGCUCCGAGGUAUCGAAUCCUACUUGGCGCCCUUGGAACGGGCUCUGAUAAAAGUGCGCGACUUCUGCGACAUUUUGAGGAGUGUGAUUAGCGACGAGACAGAUGAGGCCGGUUCAAAUAAAUUGGAUGCCACCACAAGCGGAGCAGUAGAAGCAGCAGCCACAGCACCACCAGGUGCUGCGACAACAUCAAAGGACCCCCUGGUUCAAGGUCGCUCCCAACGUCUGGCCCCGGAAUCCGAAGGCCGCAAGCUCAAGAAGCUGAAGAAAAAGAUCCAGAAGCUGUUUUUCCCCCUGCUGAUUGCCUACAAGCUGAAGUUCCUCACCCUCAUCCCGGUGCUCAUCGGCGGACUCACGCUGCUCGUGGGCACCACGGGCCUGGCCGGUUUCUUCUUCGCUCUCUUUACGGCCGUAAUGAGUCUGAAGACCUCCGGCGGUGGCGGCCAUGCCAGCAAGUCGCUUGUCUUGAAGAAACUCUAAGGAGUGCUGCCGAUUCAAAACACAUUUAGAUUUAGUUGUUCGACUCGGGUUGGCCAGCUGUGCAGCUAGUCAGUCGGCAUUGAUUUGUCUGCUCGGUAACUAAAACCAGAGAUGUUGAGUUUUUUCGAUAGCGACGUCGCCCCCUCAAGUAAAAUUAAGUAUGUACAUAACAGCAAAAAUCCCAAAAAAAAAACGAUAAGCAAAUGGAAAAUUUGCGUUUGACUAGAUAAAUGUAAGGGAUUUUAAGGAGAAAUAGGGUUUUAGAAUAUACAGCACUCAUUAAUUAAUUUUUCAUUUUAAAGAUAAAAACGAAACUCGAGAAUUUUUUCAAAAAAUUUUAAGCAAGUAAGAAAAUGUUGUAAUCAAUAUUUUAAAAUUUUUUUGUUUUUUUGACCACUUUUAACCUCAAUUUUACCUUGUUCAAUUUCAUUUUCAUUAUUCUUUUCUUAACAUAAGCAGUGUGUGUUUGCCCAGACAUAUAUAGAAAUAGGGUAUAAGAAUAUGGUUCAAUAUAGUGUUUUGUUAAUAAUUUAUUUAUUUCAGAGUUAUAAAAAAGACAAUCCUAGACUUUUUACAAAAAA